CAGCCUGUUGCUCCACGCUGAGUGUCUGUCUCAGUGAAGCCCGGAGGACUGAGAUGUUUGAGCGGGUCUGAAGGGGACGAAGGGACUCUCUGCUCUCCGCACAAACAAACUGUUUACUUCCUGUUUGUUUGCUUGUUUAGUUUGUUUGUUUGUUUGUUUGUUUGGAAAGUAAAGCGACGCGUUGAGAAUGAGAGAUGAGUUUUGAGGAGGACCGUUUCUUCAUCAGCCGCGGAGCAACCAGAGUGCAUGAUGGGAUCUUUCCGGCGUCCCAGGCCUCGGUUUAUGAGCUCUCCGGUUCUGUCGGACCUCGCUCGUUUCCACGCCAGCUCACCUGCUCUACAGCUCUCCAACGCCAGUGUGUGGAACAGUGUCCAAUCAGCUGUGAUCAAGGUGUUUCAGGGCGGAGCUCUGCAGAGUAACGAGCUGUACACGCUAAACGAGAGCAUCAGGUGGCUCCUAAAAACGGAGAUGGGCUCCUUCAUCACCGACUACUUCCAGAACCAGCUGCUGACCCGAGGUCUGUCUGAAGUCCUGGAUCAGGUUCUUCUUCACUCAGGCGACGAACAGCUUGUCGUCCUCGCAGACAUGUGGGACCGGUUCUUCUCGGAGAUCCUCCCCACACUGCAGGCCAUCUUCUAUCCUGUGCAGGGUCAGGAGCUCACAGUGAGGCAGAUGGCUCUCUUGGCCUUCAGAGACCUCGUGCUGUUGAAGCUCCACCUGAAGGAGACUCUGGGAACUGCAGCCUCCGUCCCUCCUCCUGUCACACAGAUGCUGCUGGUGCUGCAGGGCAUCCACGAGUCCGGGGGUCCCAGUUUGGAGUAUGACCGGCUGGAGCGUCUGGUGGAGGUCGUCGUGUCUCCGUAUCUUAGCAAUGCUCUGCUCAACAGAAACCAGCUUCAACUAGAAUCCCGCCAUCUGCGACCGUCUGCGUCGUUGCUACAUCCGGAGAUCACCGUCACUCAUCAUCAUCACGCUUCCUCCGACUCCUCGUCUCUGGCUCCGCUGGUAGAGCAGGAGGGCGAGGCCUACCUGGAGAAGACGGGCGGCCUGAGGCGCCACACUGUGGCCAACGCACACUCCGACGUCCAGCUACUGUCGGGGAGGAUCCACGCCGGGUCCGAGGAGGACAGCGGGAUGGGAGGGGACGAGGAAGGGGUUGGGUUUUUAGUCGGGGGCGGGCCCUUGAGUCCCAGGCCGUUCUCCAGCCAACCGGAUAUGGUGGAGUGUCCGAGGGGAGGAAUUAUCUGCUAGCUGAGCGGCUUUUGAGAGAACGCACGCAAGGGACGAUACAGGACGGGAGAGGAGAAACUGGGAAUUAUGGGAAUUAAGAACCAAGACAGUCAAAUACAGGACGAACGAGAACUAAAGAUGCCGGAUGGGAAAGAAACAAAGCAGCAAAAACCUGCCAGGCGAGUCACAUAAACAGGAACCAGGAAGGAGGAGGAGACCUGGAGCUCCCAGCAGGACCACGGCUCUGGAUCGGGAUCAGUCUCUGUACUGGGAGGACUGGAACUCUUUACUGGGCAGAGCUGCAGGUUCUGGAUCUGCUCUCUUCAGGUCGUGUAAAUAUGUUCUUUGAGGUUUUUGUUGAUGACAAUAAAGAUUAAUUCAAUUCAAUUAAA